AUGGACAUCAAAACAGCGUUUUUAAAUGGUGAAUUGGAAGAGGAAAUUUAUAUGAACCAACCUCCUGGUUUCAUUGAAGAGGGCAAAGAACAUCUAGUUUGCAGAUUGAGCAAGUCUAUAUAUGGUCUGAAACAAGCAUCGAGCAAUGAUUUGAACCUAUUGCUUGAAACCAAGUUGUUGUUGUCAAAUACCUUCGAUAUGAAAGACUUGGGGGAGGCCUCUUUUGUAUUCGGCAUAGAGAUUAAAAGAGACGGGUCAAGAAACUCGUUGGGGAUUUCGCAAAGGUCAUACAUUGAGAAAAUAUUAAAACGUUUCAACAUGGAAGGAUGUUCAGGAGGAGAAGUCCCGGUGAGCAAAGGUGACAAAUUGAACAAGGAGCAAUGUCCUAAGAAUGACUUGGAGAGGAAAACCAUGUUGAACAAACCCUAUGCUUCAUUGGUGGGGAGCUUGAUGGAUGCUCAGGCUGCACAGAUGAUAGAAGGUCCACAAAUGGUUAUUUGUUCUUCAUGGCUGGAUGAGCAAUCUCGUGGAGAAGUGCAAAACAGAAGACACUUGCAACAUCGACCAUGCAAGCUGAAUAUAGUGGACAUUAUUUCAAGACCAAUUGUUAUACACUGCGACAACAAAGCUACUGUAUUCAUCUCUAAGAACAACAAGCAAUCUUCUGUAAAUAGACUGAUGGACAUCAAAUAUCGAUCUGUUAGUGAGGAUGUCAAAAGUGGUUUGCUGAACAACAAGCAAUCUUCUGUAAAUAGACUGAUGGACAUCAAAUAUCGAUCUGUUAGUGAGGAUGUCAAAAGUGGUUUGCUGGUAAUUAAGCAUAUUAACACUGGUUCGAUGAUAACAGAUCCCCUAACCAAACCAUUACCAGUUGCAGUGUUCAAGCAGCACGUUGCAAAAAUGGGGGUACUAGAGUCUUUUGAUUCUGUGACUGUGGGAGUAAAACUUAGUCUUGUCUUAUUUGCUUGGUAG